AUUGGCUGGCCUGACGCAGCAAAAGUCCCUAGCCAUCGAUUGUGGUGGAUUUGCAAUGUGUUGUCAAAAUAGAAUUUAAUAAUAACAAAUAUCAAUUUUCACAGAAUGUAUAAAAUUUAACCCAAUUAUCUUUACAAGUUUCGCAAGUUUAAGCAAUUUUCCCAAUUUCCGGCCGUUUUCCCCGAGUUCAGUGCCCCCGUGCGCCGGAAAAUGGCCAAUUCAGUCUCCCCCUAGCCUGAAAUUUAUUUAUUUACACCUUUACAAGCAACAUUUAGUACAAUUUAUCGCAAGUUCCAGACAUGCGGGUGUGCUCCGCUUGUAGUUGAUAGUAAUUCGAUCUAAAAAAUGGAGGUUGAAGCCCUGCCUCUCCCCGAGUCCGCCCCCGACCUGCCCCAGGCGCCCCCGAAUUUCCCCAAACCCGACUUCACGGAGAUAGAAAACGACUUCCCCCCUGACAAGACCGACAGCCCCCUGGCCAAGCCCACGUUCAAGAGCACUCUCCAGGCGAAGAAGCGCCUCCAAGCGUUCUCCUCCACGCGGCCGAGUUCCCUCCCAGCCUCCCCCAAGAAGAGCAAGCCGGUCGAGGAAAAAAGCGAGGAGGCGAAAAAACCGGCGAAAAAACCAGCCCACUAUCACGAUGACAAGGCGAAGGCCGUUAUUGAGGAAAUCGAGGAGUUGAAACGGGAGGAACAGGCCUAUUUGGAGCUGCAGAGGCAGGCGGCGAAGCGGUCGCGCUCCAGGACGCCAGAUAAAGGCAGGUUCAAGAAGGUGGAGAAGAAGGCCAGGAAUUACAGGCGGCGGUCGAGGUCGCCUACGCCCGAAAAACCGCCCAAGAAAAUCGCCAAAAAGGCGAAAAAGAACCCGAAAAACUGGCGCGAGUUUUGCGAGUUUGAGGCAACGUUUGAGGCGAAUCGCAGUUUUGAGAUCGCGUCGCCUGGGGGAAAUAACGAGUUGUUGAGGCAAUUGUUGUUUGAAUCGCCGUCUCUGCCAAUAGUUCCGUUUAAAAUGAAGACUGUGGACAGGGAGGAUAGAAUAAUACCAUUUGAAUAUAUCAGAUAUACCAAAAGUAAGCCAACUGUGGCCUACAGUGUAAACUGUGCAACAAUAAAACCGUACCAUUUGCCACGAAAAACGAUUUUGGAGUCACUGCCAAAGAACAUUGUCGCCAACAUUGAAAACUUAUAUUCGAAUUCGAUUAUGUUUGGAGAAGUUGAGCACGAUGCGAAAGUUGCUAGAUCAAAGUCCUGGUAUCCGAAAAUAUGGAAAGAUUCGGAAAACCAAUGUAAAGUAUUGGAAAAUUCGGUUGGUUUGAGUUUUCUCCAAACUUACGUCGGUGAAGAAGAAGAAAAUGAAGCAGUGGUUGCAGUCGCGGAACCCAACGAGAGUGUUAAAAAGAAGAAGAAAAAGAAGGGCGACGAGAAAAAAACUAAAAAGCGUAGUAAGGACGGCUUAGAGAAGAAAAAGAAGCGUAAAAAAGACAAAACAAAGAAGGAGAAGCGUGAGAAGGAGAAACACAAACAUAAAAAAGCGAAGGAAAAAAAGAAGAAAAAAGAGAAAUCGGAGAACGAAGAACCAGUGAAACCUAGCAAGCAACAAGUAAUCGAGGAAUUGAAGAAAAUAGACGAAAAGUUAGCAAAGAAACGCGAGGAGAAGAUAGAAAAUGAGGCAAAACCGGAGAAGGAGAAAUCUCGGAAGAGGAAGCAAUCGGAGACUGAAGAAGACGCAAAACGGCCGAAACACGAGAAACACAAAUCAGAGGAACCGAAAAUUGAGCACGCCCUGAAAAUCAAGCUUGAGAAACAGAAAGAAAUGAAAAUUGAGCGACGGAAAUCCCGAUCUUCUGAAGAAAGCCGGUUUGAGGACCGGAAAAAGAAGAAAUCGCGUUGGUCGGAAGAUGCGAAAAUGGUCGUGGAGGAGGAAAAAACGAAGAAAGAUGCGACUCCCGACACCGAUGAGUAUCACUCACAUUGGGAAAGUGACGAUGACGUUUCGUCUUCGUUCCCUCGUCAGGGUUUGAAGGUGAACAGGUCGUGGGAAAGCGACGAAGAGUUGUUUGAAAGGAGUCACAAUCGGAACAAAUCACAAAAUGACAAUUAUACAAAUCUCGAAAUACCUCUGAAUAUUAAAAACUUCUCGCGGAGAUCAAAUUGGGAUGAGAAGCCGCUCUCUGUCGUUGACGAAUUGAAGUUGCUGGAAGAAGAACGAAGGACACUGAGUGAAGAAAGACGCAAACUCGAAUUGGAAAAACAGAAGAUUCUCAAACUGCAGGAAGAAGUUAAGCUUGACGUUGAAGAAAAAAAGGUUUCGGUUGCCGAAGAUGUGAAACCUUGCACGCCCGAGCCGGGCGUUAAAGUGAAGAAAGCGAAGAUUGAGCUUGACUUUAGUAUAGACAGUCUCAAUAAUAGUUUGUUGAGUACUGUUAGUUCGACUGAAUCGAGUUUUCCGGCGGCGGUUGUUCUCGAAAACGAAUACGAGGAAUUUAUAAAGGCGGUAAGUACGGAAACUACCUCACCCACAAAGAAGAAAAUCGAACGGAGUAGUUCAAGUUCGUCCAGUUCGAGUUCGUCGAGUUCCGACAGCGACCACAAAAAGAAGAAACGCAAGUCGAAGUUGAAGAAAAAGAAGAAGAAAAAACGCGAGUGUGAAGGUUUGCUGUUGGGAAAACAUAAUGACAUUUUCAACGAAUUCGAUAUUCCUGUUCCUAGCGAUCUUCCCGAAAUGGUUCCGACCCCGGUCCCCGUCCCCUCUCCCAUAGUCCCAGUCGACUUGAUGUUACCACUUACCACACCGAUUUUACUAAAUCCGUUAGCAGAGAAGCAAGAGGAAACAUCUGAGUCAGGUCUCGACUUAUCGAAGCCGUUUGUGUUCCCUUCGAUUGUCUUACCGAAGAAGCCUCCACUCGUAGACAACUCGAACCUCAACCUAAAUGACGAUUCGGACAGUGCCGACUUUACCGACAAAUUCGUGAAAAAACCCGAACCGAAAGACGAAACCACCGAAAAACUUGAACCGGAACCGGAGGUUAAAACCGAACCGACACCUAUUGUGGAGGACAUCAAGGAUGUGCCCCUCCCACCGAAAGAACCCUCCCCUAAACCAGCCCUUGAACCCCCUAAACCCGACCCCGAACCGCCCAAACGUUCCCUCUCCCCACAACGGAAGAAAGAGAAAAGACGCAGUCGUUCGCGCAGUCCAAAGAGGCGGAGUCCCGCUCGACGCAUGUCCCCGCCUGCACGCCGUCGCCACGCCUCCCCGCGCCGUAGAACUCCGCCUAGAAGGCGGGGCUCCUCGCCAAGACGACGCUCCCCGUCACCAAGGCGACGAUCCCCUCCUCGGCGCCGAAGACGCUCACCUACGAAUUCUCCGCCCCGUUCUAGGGGCGGGGCUAGAAAGCGAACGCCCUCGCCGCGGAUUCGUCGAGCUUCGCCUCUCAAUUCGCCAUUGGACGGUUUUAAGAGGAGUGUGGCCGAUUCGACGAUCAGUGACGAUAUGUUACCACAACCCAAUCAUGAGGAUUACGUCGAGUCGCCGCCUUCGUACGCAGGCGGGGCUAAAUACUUGAAGAAACGGACGUCGGAGUCGCCACAAAUGUCGCCACGGAGGAUUUCAUUGGACGAUAGAAUUAAUCAAGUGUUGGGAUUGGAGAAGAACGAACCGCCCCCGCCACCGAAAGUACCCGAACCUUACCCGAACUAUGGGUACAAUCAUCCUUACGGGCAACAGUAUCCUCCAUAUGGACAGUAUGGGCCGAAAAAUGACUACAUGCCUCCAUAUGGGCCCGUUAUGUAUUCACAGCCACCUCCGCCAAAUGUUGUCAAGUCAGUUCCGGCCACUAAAGUCGUACAAGUCGGAAAUAUUCUACAAGUUGUUCCAAAUGACGAAAUGCCACCUCCUGUGUUAGAAAACAAGUCGUCUGAGCGGAGCCAAAAGAUCGUUCAAGUCGGUAACAUGUUACAAAUCGUCCCGGCGGCGCAGAUUCCUGAAAUACCGACACCAAACAACCAAAUCGGGGAAACACCCGAAAAGCAAUCAGCCGAAGCAACCAUGAAACAAAAAAUCGCUGAACGUAAAGCCGAACGCGAGAAGCGACGCCAAGAACGCGAGCGCCGCCGAAAAGAAAAAGAGAAGAAACGGAAAGAGAAGGAAAAACGCAAACAAUUGAAACUCAAAUUAAAAACCGAAAAUAUGAUCAAGAGAGCCAUUCAACUCGAAGCCGAGGCCUUGGCCAAUGAAAUUGAAGAAGAGCCCGAAAGUGGGGAAACACCCGUCCAAUGGCCGCCCGUUCCCGUCGUCGUUUCGGCCACGCCUUCUACGAGUAAAGGGAUUCUAUUGGCUCAGGGGGCGAGCAGACAACGCAAGAGUGUUCAGUUCGCGGACGGGGUGCGGCCUGGCGAGGGCACGUCCCCUUCGGGCGGGGAGGAGUUGUCGUCGCCGCCCCCUAACCCGUGCAAGCUGAAGGAGAAACGGUACAAAAAGUUAAAGAUUCCUAAGAAGGCGAAGAAGAAGAAGAUCAAAGUGAAGGUGGUGAAGAGAGUACAAAGUUUGGACGACGACGAUGAUGACGAGGACGAUAAUCUGCCGCCGCCGCCACCGCCUCCAGGGUCGCCGCCACCUCACGUGUUCCCGUCGCGAAUCAAGACGCACACCAUCAAUAAUGUUCAUCAAUACGUAGGGAAUAUUUUGCAGAGUAGUCCGGCGGGGUAUCCGUUCAGAGCCCCCAUGCCGGUCGUGCUGAACCGGCAUCAGGGACCCCCACCCUACAUGCAAGGCCCCUUCCAAUCAGACGUAAAUAGUCUUUCGCAUCAGCCGUUUCAAGGUGUUUCGUCACAUCAUUAAGCCGGAAAUUUAAGCAAGUUGUAAUAAAGUGUUUAUGUAUGUACAUAUUCAGUGAUUUCAUUUUCUAUUUUAAUUAUAGUUGCGAUUACGUAGAAUUUUCGUUGUAUCGGUAGACUGUUUUAUAAACUAAGGAACUGUAUUAUUCUGAAAAGUGUUGGAAUAAAAUAUUUUUCAAUAAUUGA